AUGUCCACCGAAUACAUCCAAGCCGGCAUCUUGCCUUUUUCUUUACUGCUUAUUGGCCUAUGGACAUCUCGGAUAGUCUAUAAUCUCUACUUCCAUCCACUGUCUAAGAUUCCAGGUCCCUGGAUAGCCGCCAUUACUGAUGUCCCCUACUGCCCUAUUAUCCGUAUCGCCCCAAAUGAGGUCGCUUUUAACACCGCACAGGCAUGGAGGGAUAUCCAUACCCAUAGGUCUGGCCGUCAGGUAUUCUGGAAGGGUAAAUUCUACGAUGGUGCUUGCUUCACGGCGCAGGAAUUCAACCGCGGCCUCUCAACCAUCGUCAGUGAAAGAAGGCCUGAAGUUCACAAGCAGAUGCGAAGUUCCUGGGCUAGUGCCUUUUCCGAACGCGCGAUUGUCGAGCAAGAGGGGCUCAUUGCUACCUCCGCCGAUAAAUUCAUUCGUCAGGUUGGCAUCAGGGGUUCUAGAGAAGGGGGAUUCGAUUUAGCGCCCCUAUUUGAGGCUAUGACUUUUGACGUGAUGGGUGACCUAGCAUUCGGCAAAGCGUUCGGCGCAUUGGACAUGGAGACGAGACAUCCAUGGGUCGCUGCUGCCAUCGGUUCGUUAAUGAUGGCUGUUCUUGUAGACGUUCUCAACCAUUAUCCAACUCUGGCUAGAGGCGUUGUUCUACUCUUGAAUGGAAAGUUCAAGAAAGCAUUGUCAGACAUGAGGACGAAUGAGAAGUUUGUUUACGAAACAGUAAAGAAACGGAUAGAGACGAAAACAGAUCGCAAGGACUUCUUGACUAGAAUCGUCCAGGAACGAGACCCUAAUGUGAUAUCAGACAGACAGAUUUCUGCUCACUCUUCUGAUAUAGUAAUUGCGGGAAGUGAUACUACUGCUGCUGGUUUAAGCGCCAUAGUAUACUUCUUGCUUUCAAAUCCGGCUUCUCUCGCAAAGCUCAAGGCUGAAAUUCGAGAUACGUUCGAGGAUUACUCACAGAUUACAUAUUCCUCUACGAUAUCGAUGAAGUAUCUCCGCGCGGUCAUCCAGGAAGGGCUACGCAUCUCCCCCCCAGUAUCUUUCCCGUUACCUCGCGACGUGCCUAGCGGCGGAGAAACAGUCGACGGCCACUUUCUUCCUGGAGGGGUUCAUGUAGCAGUUAACACUUUUGCAACUGCCCUAUCCUCGGCAAACUUCCAUGACCCAUGGUCUUUCAAACCAGAAAGGUGGAUUGAUCCUAACAAUAACGAUGUUCUCGAUAGUAGCCAGCCAUUCUCACUUGGCCCAAGGGUUUGCAUAGGUAGAAAUGUGGCAUGGUUAGAAUUGCAUGUUACUCUUGCUAAGCUAUUCUGGGUUUAUGACUUGGAACUAGUUGAUCCAACACUUGAUUGGCAUAAGGAAAUUCGGAUGGUCUCUUUAUGGAAGGUUCCAAAGUUGAUGAUUCGUGCUAGGAACCGAGGAGUUAAUAUUGCAUGA